CGCCGACGGGGGGGCGUGUCGACAGCUAAGGAAAGACUGCAGCGGGGAGGUGGUGCCUCUAAAACAGAAAAUGGCGCCUGCGAAUGAGCAAAGUUUGUGACGCGGCGAGGUUUUUGCCUCUGUCGGAGGCCUUCUUCCCGGGACGGGAAAGUGCAGGUUCCUCGAGGAGCAGCACAGUAUAAACUGGGCAGUGUACGUGCAGGGCGGAGCCCGGGACCCAGCACCUUGCUUGGUUGCAUCUACGAUGCUGAGCUCUUUGAAGACCAGGUAAAUUCGUGCCUGCAGAAGGGACUGGUGAAAGCUCCUCUUUCCCCCUUCAGGUUGGGAAGCUGCCCAACAGCUGGGAGGCGCAAGUGUAGCCAGUAGAAUCUGCUGCCUCUCCCAGCACAGUGAUAUGGACACACCUCACACGGCUCAAGUCAGUCAUACGGAACCUGUGGACCAAACCUUACAGGACACUCAAGAGCAGUGUCUAGGGAGCCCCCCUGAAGAGACCCGGCUGUGGGUCAGAAACACUGAGGGUUCUUUUGAGAGGUUGUGUAACCCUCGUGACACUGUGCGUGAGGCUGCUCAGAGGACUGAACAGCUGGUCAGCAUGGAAACCCAAAGCAAGGAUAACGCUUGGCCCAGCACUCAGCCAUCUGCCACAAGCAGCAAUCCAGGAGAGGAAGAGAAGUUCCAGGGCCAGCCAGGCAUCUGCGGUCUCACCAACCUGGGCAACACUUGCUUUAUGAACUCGGCCCUUCAGUGCCUCAGUAAUGUGCCCCAGCUCACUGAGUACUUCCUCAAGAACCGCUACCUGGAAGAGCUCAACUUCGGCAACCCGCUGGGCAUGAAGGGAGAGAUCGCAGAGGCUUACGCUGACCUGGUGAAACAGGCCUGGUCCGGCCACCACCGCUCCAUCGUGCCCCACGUGUUCAAGACCAAGGUGGGCCACUUCGCAUCCCAGUUUCUGGGCUACCAGCAGCACGAUUCCCAGGAGUUGCUGUCAUUCCUCCUGGAUGGUCUGCACGAGGAUCUCAAUCGCGUCAAGAAGAAGGAGUAUGUGGAGCUGUGCGAUGCUGCUGGCCGACCCGAUCAGGAGGUGGCUCAGGAAGCCUGGCAGAACCACAAACGCCGAAAUGAUUCUGUGAUCGUGGACACUUUCCAUGGCCUCUUUAAGUCCACACUUGUGUGCCCGGAUUGCGGCAAUGUGUCCGUGACCUUCGACCCCUUCUGCUACCUCAGUGUCCCACUGCCUGUCAGCCACAAGCGGGUCAUGGAGGUCUUCUUUGUUUCCAUGGACCCCCGUCGCAAACCAGAGCAGCACCGGCUUGUGGUUCCCAAGAAAGGCAAGAUCUCGGAUCUGUGUUUGGCUCUAGCCAAACACACUGGUGUCUCACCAGAAAGGAUGAUGGUAGCUGAUGUCUUCAGUCAUCGCUUCUAUAAGAUCUACCAGCUGGAGGAGUCUCUGAGCAGCAUCUUGGAUCGCGAUGAUAUCUUCAUAUACGAGGUGUCGGGCAGAGCCUCCAUUACUGAGAACUCAAGAGAGGACGUGGUGCUUCCAAUCUAUCUGCGGGAGCGCACCCCAGCUCGCGACUACAACAACUCUUAUUAUGGCCUCAUGCUCUUUGGACACCCCCUGCUGGUGUCGGUGCCCCGUGACCGGCUCUCUUGGGACGCCCUCUAUCACAUCCUGCUGUACCGCCUCUCACGCUACGUGACCAGACCCAGCUCUGAUGACGAGGACGAUGGCGAUGACAAAGAUGACAUGGAGGAGAAGGACAGCAUCCCCAAGCUGGGACACAUGGCGGGAACCAGCUCCCAAGACUUCGGGCCAGAGCAGGCCGGACCUAGCUGUGCAGUGGCGGGGAGCAGCCGUGCCCCUGUGGACAGCACCCCUGGACCAUCUCACUGGCCCCAGCGGGCACGCCGCAAGCACCUGUUUACUCUGCAGACCGUGAAUUCCAAUGGGACCAGCGACCGGUCCACCUACAAUGAAGAUACUCAGGCCCAGCCCUACAUUGCUAUCGACUGGGAGCCAGAGAUGAAGAAGCGUUACUACGAUGAGGUGGAGGCUGAGGGCUACGUGAAGCAUGACUGUGUUGGAUAUGUUCUGAAGAAGGCUCCUGUGCGGCUUCAGGAGUGCAUCGAGCUCUUCACUACCGUGGAGACCCUGGAGAAGGAGAAUCCUUGGUACUGCCCCACCUGCAAGCAGCACCAACUGGCCACCAAGAAGUUGGACCUGUGGAUGCUCCCCGAGACACUCAUCAUUCACCUGAAGCGCUUCUCCUACACCAAGUUUUCUCGCGAGAAGCUGGACACCCUUGUGGAGUUUCCUAUCAGGGACCUGGACUUUUCUGAAUUUGUCAUCAAACCGCAGAAUGAGGCAGCCCCGGAGCUGUACAAAUACGAUCUCAUAGCAGUUUCUAACCAUUAUGGGGGCCUGCGUGAUGGACACUACACAACUUUUGCCUGCAACAAGGACAGUGGCCAGUGGCACUACUUCGAUGACAACAGCGUUUCACCGGUGUCUGAGAGCCAGAUCGAGUCCAAGGCAGCCUAUGUGCUCUUCUAUCAACGCCAGGAUGUGGCACGUCGCCUGCGUGCCCAGUCCAGCGCCUCUGACCCCCCAGUGCCCACUGCUUCUGGUUCCCCACCCAGUUCUGACUCCAUGGAUGUAAACUGAGGGGUCCUGGCCCUCCUACAGAGAAAGAAAUCAUCUCUGUUCUGUUCCCUGCAGUAUCUCUUCCCCCUUCCCCUUGUGCCCCUUGUCCCUGGUUCCCAUCCUGGUGUUAACGUGCCCCCAUGCCAGGCAUCGCAGCGUAGUCGUGGCUACUGUUCUCCUGUGCCGCUAUAUUGCUGUCUCCCGGGGAAGAUGAGAGUUCGUGUCUCCCCGGCAGUGUGGCCCCCGCCCGUGUUUGCCCCUUAGAGCAUCAGCCUGCCCCCUCCACUCUCUAUUUAUGGUUGUUCCCCUGCCCUUUGUCCUUCACCUGGGGUGCCCUGAAGGGGUGGCAGUGGGGUGCACCUGGACAGAGUGUAUUUUCUUAUCGAGACCCUGUACCUUUCUGCUGUGUAUAUAUAAAGUGCCAGUGUGUUCCUUGGCAACGUGGGUUGGUGGCAUUUUGUUGUUGUUGUUGUUGUUGUUCACAUCCAUACUGAGUUCCCACCUCAUGCCCAUUUGCCUGAGUGCUUCGAGCUUCUCGACUGCCAGGUGUGUGAUAGUGGGUGCUGCUCUGAGCGCUUGCCGAGUGCCUGAAAUGUACCCGAUGCAGUUUUAGAUACUUUUCUGGCCUGGGCUGUGGCCCACUAGUAGAACAUGUCCUUUACAUGCAUAAGACCCUGAGUUUGAGUAUUGGCAUUACCUGAUGACAACAAAGGCAAAAAUAAACAGAACUCCUUGGAUGA